CAGAUAUUGGUGAGAGCUAUGACAAGCGGUACAAGGCCGAAAUUUACUCCAGCAUGGCAGCGAUCGAUCUUUUCCAGGAUUGUCCUGACGACGCCAUCAGGAAUCGUUUGCUUGCCAUCAAGGAGCUGAAAGAAUUUCAUGGAGAAGUUGCCCAUCCAUCUAUUGCCAAAGCCCAUAUUGAUCUUGCCGAGACGCUUGCAUCCCACAAGCAAUACGAAGAUGCAAACAUGCAGUACGAUGAGGCCAUCAGAGUUUAUGAAAAGUCGUUCUACACUCGCAAUAUCCAAGAAAUCGCCACGGCAUUAUACAACAAGGCGCAUGUGUUCAUGGACAAAUGGGAUGCUCUGAGCGAUGCCGAAAAAGGCACGAGCAGGAAUGAAUUGAUGAGCGCGAUCAAGCUGUUGCAAGAAGCCCUCAAGAUCAUCUCUCUGGUCAAAGAAGUGAAGGACCAAGCUCACCAAAAAAAGAUCGAGGAGCUCAAGCGGAAGGCCAGGGAAGAAGAUUGCAAGAUGGAUCGUCCCCUCAUCGAAGCCUGUCGCUACUAUGCCAAAGCCUUCAAUCAAUAUUUUGUCAAUGACGAAGCUCCAGUCACUGCAGAAAAUCAUAAUCAUGUCAAUUUCUUGAAUGAAGAUCAGGCCAGCUCCGUAUCGCACAAGCACAGUGCGGUGUCAAGUGCAACUGUGGGAGGACAAGAAUCACCAAAUGAAGUCCGAGGUUACCAGACAGGUCAGAGGACAGGCGAGACCCACCUUCCAAACACUUCCACCCUCCAGAUUGAGAUCGAGGUUGGGGAUCGGGUUGAGGAUCAACCUCCUGCUUAUUCGUCGGUUAUUCUCGAAAAUGCAUCUAUUGUGGAUUUCACCCGAAAAUUAACCAGUCGAGAUGAGAGAGCAUCGACGGUAUCGAUCGCCGGUCGCGAUUAAUUUUCUCAGUUGGUGAAUAUUGUCUAAACAGCGCUCGAAAGGGCUCCCUUUUCAUCACGCCAUGCUUGGUGAUCACUUCGGUAAACCUUAUACUGAUGAAGUCAGUUAUGGAACAAGUGCCGUUAUCUCGGACUCAUCCAGCAUUUUUCGCGACCUUUGCUCAGAGUCCCACGAUAUAUUUGUAUUUGGUCUGGUUUUGACCCAGGCAAAGGGCCUGAUGUUUGUCAUCCAGCAAUUUCUUUGAAUACAU